AUGAGUAGUGCUGGCAAGAUACCGUCCUAGCUUCGGGCGCGGCUAAUCUAACCUCAUGGCUCUACUUGUUGAUCCCAUCCGCUCCAGUUUAAAACCUACGGUUCCAGGGUCCUCCCGGUCUCCCCCUUUCUCAUGCCCCGAAGCUGAGAUGACCUAAAGCGAAGACCAAGAAAAGACCCGGAAAUAGGGAGGACCUCCGAGCACGUGAUGGGGGAAGCCGGGUGCUGUCACGUGACCCGACAACCUGCCUCUUCGGAGCGGAACGCUCGGCUGCUCUUAAAGACCCUCAACCAUCCCUUGGGAGCCGACUCUGAACACUCUAUGAUUUUGGACUUUGGGAGGAACCCGAACUUGAUGCCAUGGGAUGUUGUGCGGGCUCGCGGUGGCGCCUUUUGGGUUCCGAAGGGGAGGAGACCGUCCCGGAGCCCCGGCCCCCUCUGUCGGACCACCAGGGUGUGCAUUGGAAGAACGCGGUCGGCUUCUGGCUGCUGGGCCUUUGCAACAACUUUUCUUAUGUGGUGAUGCUGAGUGCUGCCCAUGACAUCCUUAGCCAUGAGAGGUCACCUGGGAACCAGAGCCAUGUGGACCCAGGCCCAACGCCAAACCCCCACAAUAGCUCAUCUCGAUUUGACUGCAACUCUGUCUCCACAGCUGCGGUGCUCCUGGCAGACAUCCUCCCCACCCUCGUCAUCAAAUUGCUGGCUCCUCUUGGCCUUCAUCUGCUGCCCUACAGCCCUCGGGUUCUCCUCAGUGGAGUUUGUGCUGCAGGGAGCUUCAUCCUAGUUGCCUUUUCUCAUUCAGUGGGGACCAGCCUGUGUGGUGUGGUCUUGGCUAGCAUCUCGUCAGGCCUGGGGGAGGUCACCUUCCUCUCACUCACGGCCUUCUACCCCAGGGCUGUGAUCUCCUGGUGGUCCUCAGGUACUGGGGGAGCCGGGCUGCUGGGGGCCCUGUCCUACCUGGGCCUCACCCAAGCAGGCCUCUCCCCACAGCAUACCCUGCUGUCCAUGCUGGGUAUACCUGCCCUGCUGCUGGCCAGUUACUUCUUGUUGCUCACGUCUCCUGAGCCCCAGGACCCUGGAGGGGCAGAGGAGGCAGAGACAGCAGCUCGGCAGCCCCUGAUAAACACCGAGGUUCCAGGGUCUAAGCCAGGAUCCAGCUCGAGCCUCUCCCUUCAGGAAAGGUGGACUGUGUUCAAGGGCCUGCUAUGGUACAUCAUCCCCUUGGUAGUGGUUUACUUUGCCGAAUAUUUCAUCAAUCAGGGACUUUUUGAGCUUCUGUUUUUUCGGAACACAUCCCUGAGUCACGCUCAGCAGUACCGCUGGUACCAGAUGCUGUACCAGGCUGGCGUCUUUGCCUCUCGCUCUUCUCUCCGUUGCUGUCGCAUCCGCUUCACCUGGGCCCUGGCCCUGCUGCAGUGCCUCAACCUGGCCUUCUUGCUGGCGGACGUAUGGUUCAGCUUUCUGCCAAGCAUCUACCUCAUCUUCCUGAUCAUUCUGUAUGAAGGGCUCCUGGGAGGUGCAGCCUACGUGAACACCUUCCACAACAUUGCUUUGGAGACCCGUGAUGAGCACCGGGAAUUUGCCAUGGCAGUUGCCUGUAUCUCUGACACUUUGGGCAUCUCCCUAUCGGGGCUCCUGGCCUUGCCUCUGCAUGACUUCCUCUGCCAUCUGUCAUGACACUCAGGCCCCUCGAGACGCAGGACACAGUGACCCGUGGGCAAACUGACAGGUUGAACAGCCAGGCCCACCUCAGAGCCCAUCCAUGAACUCUGCUCCCAGCCUUCCCAGCAGGGCUGGGAUUAGGGAAGUGCAAAGGCUUUAUUCCCCUUGAACAAGGGGGCAGCCAUUGCCUCCCACUCCCGAGAUGAUCUCGGAGAGUUUCUUCUUGGCAUCAUGCCCUGAAUAAAUGCCUGUUUUCUCAA